AUGUGUCCUUUUCUCUUUCUUGCUUGUUCCUUUUCUCAUAUUUUUCGCGCUUCUCUCUCUCUCUCUUCUCUUUCUCUCUCUCUCUCUCUCUCUCAUUCUCGCUGUUCUUCUUACUUUCUCUUCUCUCAAUAUCUCUUUUCUCUUUAUAUUCUCUAUUCAUUAUUUUCUUUCCUUACCUUUACAGCUUAUUUCAUUUUCGUUUCUUCUAAACGUCUCUCUUUUUUUCAUUGCUUCUUUAAUUCAUAUUGUCAUCUGCGUUUUAAUUUCUUUGGUUACCUAUCUUACUUUCUUUUCUUUUUCUUUUCUUUUUCUUUUCUUUUCCGUCUAUUUAUACACUACACAUUUUUCUUUUCUUUCUCUAUCUUUCUUUCUUUUUUUUUCUCAGACGUUGAUUCUUUUCUUUCUCUUCUCACUGUUACUUUCUAUCUAUUACUUCUCUACGAUUUUUAUAAUCUUUCCUAUUUUCAUGCAUCUUGUAUUUUUCCUAAUUUCUAUUUUCUCACUGUCACAUUCUUCUUCGUAUAUUAUUCUUCCUUUCUUUCGUUUCUAAUUUUUUUCUUUAUCCUCAUCAUACUUGUUUCUUUCUUUUUUUCUUUUCUUCAAUCAUUUCUCUCAUUUUCAACUUUAAAUUUCAUUCUUCAUUUAUUUAUUUCAUUCAUUCUUUCGGUCUUUCCUUCUUUCUUUCAUUCUUUCUUUCCAUUUCCCUUAUCUUCAACUUUACAGUUCUUUCUUUCUUUCUUUCUUUCUUACCAUUUCUUUUUGUAUUAUUUAUUCUCGUUUUACUUCUUUUUUUUUUUAUGUUCGUCUGUCUCCUUUGUUUCUGCUCUCGCAUUUGAUUUCUUUCUUUAUUUCUUUCUUUCUUUCUUUCUUUCUUUCUAUGUCUUCCUAUUUCGAUCUAUUUUAUUUUCUUACUAUUAUUGCUCUUUUUGUGUUAAUUUUUCCGUUUACCUUUUUUCAUGUAAAUUUUGUCUCUCUGCCUUUCUUUCUUUCUUUCUUUCUUUGUGUAUUUCUUUCUUUCUGUAUUUUCCACUUUUGAUCUAUUUUAUUUUCUUACUAUUAUUACUCUUUUUGUGUUAUUUUUUACGUUUACCUUUUUCAUGUAAGUUUUCUUUCUUUCUUUUUCUCCUUCUUUCUUUCUCGUUCUCUUUCUUUCUUUCUUUCUUUCUGUUCGUCUGUCUUAUUACACUGUUACUUUCUUUAUUCUCACACCUUCUUUUUUUUCUUUCUUUCGUUCCACUGUAA